AACCAACUUCAUGUGAAGUUUAUAAUUGAAAGUCGUCAAAUCAUUGAACGGUUCUCAACUAUCAACUACAUAUGAAGUUGACUGCACUUGAAUUUUCACCUUGUUUAAUUCAUGUAGUUGAGCUUAUGUUAUUUAAUGAGAAAAGCUUGAUUAUUCUAGACUUUUUAGAAGAUAUAAACACUAUAGAUUCUGUGUCAAGUUUCUCCACCAAAGUAGGAACUAUAACAAAUUAUCACAAGAACUUUGAUAUGAGGCUAAGAUAUGUUAUGUGCUAAUAUGGCAAUUAUUUUACUUAAACUGGUAAAAAGCCAAUAAUUUUCUCAAUGUUUCACUACCAAGAUGUUAUUACCCCAUGAAGAAGAGACAUGUGAAACCAAGUAAAAGGAUUAGUGCUGCUGCUGCUGCUGUUGAAACAACUCCAUAUCAGGAAAUUCAGGAGUACAAGCUUCCAUCAUGGGCCAUGUUUGAACUUGGGAGGGCACCUGUAUAUUGGAAAACCAUGAAUGGCCUCCCUCCAACUUCAGGAGAAAAGCUAAAGCUUUUUUACAAUCCAGCAGCAGCUCAACUUUCACCUAAUGAAGAAUUUGGAGUUGCUUUUAAUGGAGGUUUUAAUCAGCCAAUUAUGUGUGGUGGUGAGCCAAGGGCUAUGCUAAGAAAAGACAGAGGCAAAGCUGAUAGGCCAAUUUAUACCAUCCAAAUAUGCAUUCCUAAGCAUGCUUUGAACUUGAUCUUCUCAUUCACAAAUGGAGUGGACUGGGAUGGUCCAUAUAGGUUACAGUUUCAAGUUCCCAAAGGUUUUCAGAACAAGCCAAUUGAAUUCUUUAAUGAGGGAUUGGCAGAGGAACUGAGUAAAGAUGGAGCAUGUGAGAAAGCAAUAUUCCCAGACACAAGUGUAGUCAUGACCAGAUGUGCUAUAACUGGUAACUUAUCAUUAGAAGGGGCUGAUAGAUGCAAUCUAGAUCUUGUUCCAGGGUGCACAGAUCCUAACUCAAUAGAGUUCAACCCACUAGCAACUUUUGAUGAUGGAACAUGCCCCAUUGAUGCUGAUUCUGACCCUGAGGAUUAGAAUUGUAUAUAUUAUAUACCUAAAAUACUGAUCUUUUAGUAAUUUUAACCGAUAAUUUUAAUUAAUAUAUAUUAUAUAUAUUUUAUAAUUAAAGUUACUAGAAUAUCGAUAUUUCAGAUAUACUUAAAAGUCUUUCUUAAUACAUAUUAUUGUUGAUUUGAAUACUUAAGUAUAUAUAAAAGCAUUGUAUAUUCCAAUU